UUCGGCGUAUGAUGUUGUCUUGCGACAGAAGGUUGCGGUGAAGAAACUGUCCAGGCCUUUUCAGUCUCUGAUCCACAGCCGCCGCUCAUACCGGGAACUCAGGCUGCUCAAGCACAUGAAACAUGAGAAUGUAAUAGGGCUGCUGGACGUCUUCACACCUGCUGCAGCAUUAGAGGACUUCAAUGAACUCUACCUGGUGACUAACCUGAUGGGCGCAGACCUCAAUAACAUCGUUAAGUUUCAGAGGUUGUCAGACGAGCACGUGCAGUUCUUAAUUUACCAGCUUCUCCGCGGCCUCAAGUACAUCCAUUCAGCGGGAUUGAUCCACAGAGACCUCAAGCCAAGUAAUGUGGCAGUAAAUGAGGACUGUGAGCUGAGGAUCAUAGACUUUGGACUGGCCAGACAGACAGAUGAUGAGAUGACAGGGUAUGUGGCGACUCGCUGGUAUCGAGCGCCAGAGAUCAUGCUGAACUGGAUGCACUACAAUCAGAAUGUUGAUAUUUGGUCAGUGGGAUGCAUUAUGGGAGAGCUGCUGAAUCGAAAAGUCCUUUUUCCUGGCACUGACUACAUUGACCAGCUGAAGAGAAUCAUGGAGGUGGUUGGGACUCCGACGCCCGAUCUGUUAAAGAAGAUCUGCUCUGAACAUGCACAGAAGUACAUCCAGUCUCUGCCCUUUAUGCCCCAGCAGGACCUGGAAAAGAUCUUCAGAGGCGCAAAUCCACUAGCUGUCGACCUGCUGAAGCGUAUGCUGGUUUUGGACUGUGAUGGGAGGAUCUCGGCCAGCGAGGCUCUGUCCCACCCCUACUUCUCUCAAUACCAUGAUCCAGACGAUGAGCCAGAGGCCCCGCCUUACGAUCAAACACUGGAGAGUAAAGACCGAACUCUAGAAGAAUGGAAAGAGUUGGUAUUCGAAGAAGUGAACAGCUUCAAAGCAUCCGGCAGCAAGACCGAUAGCCUUCAGGCGGAGCAGUAAUCCUUGUUCUGCUCUGCCUCAACCUUUACCUGAAGAAGGAACACAUACUCAGUGAGCGGAAGAAGGACUGUGGCGGGCCAGCUGAAGAAAACUCUGUGUUCCCUCUGCUCACUGUGUGUUUGAUUGCCUGUCAUGAGUUUGUUUGAGCAGCAGGGCAGGACGGUCUCUACGGGAUCAGAUGCACACAUUGCAAUUACAGGGAGCAUUUUAGAAUCCGAUAGAAGGAGCUUUCCAGUCCAGAAAGUUGCUUCCUCUUAUGUUUCCGCUCAGUGAAGGUAAAAUGAGGAACCAUUCAACGUGGCUAUAUGUCAGGGAUCGCAGAGGACGCAAGGGUUCAUAGGAGGGAGCAACUUUAUGGAACUGAACUGUGUUUACAGACUGGUAGAAGGGUAUCAAAGGAAGAAAAAAGGGGAAAAAACGCACACUAGGAUUUCCAAAGCAACGACAGAGUGCCGUCUGGUCCCUCAUCAUGACACAUGCUAUAAGCAGUCACUGCUUUCAUAUAUGGUAUUCAUGUUUAAAGGCUUGCAGCAAUGCCACAUCAUGCUUAGCAUUUCGCCUCCAUACUACUGCAUGACUUAUGAGCAUUUUAUUAUUACAGAAUAUUACCGGUGCUGUAUUGUAACCAUCAAGACUGCUUAUUGCAUCUGCCACACUGCUGGAAAGCCAGCCUGAGGAUUCAGAGAGCGGCAUUACCAGGAAAUGUGUUCAACUUUCAACCGGUUUUAUCUGUAUAAUUUCCGCACAGUAAAAAAAAACAAAAAAAAAGGCAAACAAAAACUACUGCUCUUCCUUGGAUGGAAUCAUCCUCUCCUGCUUACAGAAUAGUAAACACCAACUGUGCUAUUGAUUAGCAAGGUAAUUAAUAUAUGCCAAAGCUGGAGCAGAGUGACUGUGCUGCAGGUCUGUGUUUACAGUGUGACCUCGCUUCUCAUAUACAGUUUCCGCUGAUGGCUGAUUUCUGAUCACCUGUUGACAGUGCUCCAUCAGGUUUCCAUAGUUCUCUGCUGUGUCUUUUACAGCCCCGGUUUGUGUUUACAAUAAAUAAGAUUACGGGCAUUUUUGUAAACUGUUAGAAACAGUUCCCAGACAGUGUGACUCUUGUUGGAUAAUGAUAUAUUACUCAACUGGUAGCUCCAUCCAAGCAAUGACUGGUCAAACCCUCCAGGCUGAUGAUUCCCAUAAAGUAGCCAUAUUUGGCUGCUCGUGGCAACAAGGGAGCUCAUUAGUGAUCUUUCAUUUUUCCGCCUUUUUUCAGUUUUCACGAUGCUUGAGUGUUAUAAAGAAAACAAACCAGAGUGUUCAGGUUCAUUAGUGACCAUGUUCUUUACCAAGACUGUGAGUAUUUCACAAGUACAGUUCAUAGCUUAUUAUAUAUAAUAUAAUAUAUUAUAUAUAUAAUCUAAUUAACAUUAUUAUACCCAUACCCAUCUUUAGGUACGCCCUCAAAUACAUUUGUAUAAGCAGCUUGAGCUCAACACAUAUGCAUAUUAUUACAUCAAAAGGCUGACUUCUUCACUGACAUUGUGUCAUUUGUCUUGCAGCAGACUGGACUUUUAGUUCCACAAACCUUUUGCUGAGGUAGGAAUAAACUGGUUGUGUUAAGCCACAGUGUGCAGAGCCAAUGAACCACAAGUUUUCCAGCUUAAUACUGAAGGUCAGUGGAUGAAAUGUCAAUAGGUUAAAGAGCACAGUCUAGUACUCUGAUAUUAACUUAAGAAGUACAGUCUAGAACCCUAGUCUUCGGAUCAGAUAUCUGAUCAUGUUUAAUGGGAUAUAAAUGUAUUCAUGAGCACACUUAAGAUGCAUUUACUGUACUCUGUUGGUGUUUUGAAACAGAUUGUUCUCAGAAGUUUCGUCAAGGUUAAAUAAAUCUAAUCAAGCCACAAACCUUAAAUGUCAGCUUCAAAAGGAAUAACUAAUAUGAACGCAUUAAAUGCAAAUAUAAGAUGAACAACAGAAUAAGAAGUAAAAGACAUUUACACAUGCCAGAUGGCAUUUGGGGUGACAAAAAGCUAAGAAAUCAAGAUUAUCAAUAAAUCAAGUUUAUAUCUGACUGCUGCAUCUACAUUAUUAGUUUGUAUACUAUCUGGAUGCAGGUUGGACACCAAAGGCAGGUGUAAAGCAGAUAUAAAUGAGUUUUACCUAAUUGACUUUCUAAGUAGCAACACUUGUAAGUCUUUAGAUUAGCAAAUGAGCUGCAAGUUAGUUUUGAUUUAGAUAGUUGAAACACUAAUAUACUACUACAAAUAGAGUAUGGAAUAUACAUGUGGUUGGCCCUGAAGCUUAUUUGAGGUUUUGCUGCAGAUAUAAGACGAACAACUGAGUAAGAACUAAAGUUAAGGGAAUUUGCAAUCUGGGAGAGCUCAUACAUGAGGUUUAUUAUACCCGACUGCUGCAGAUGCGUUCUUACACUUAACCUGUAUACUAUCUGGAUACAAGUUGGACACUAAUGGCAGGUGUAGAGCAGCACUAGCAGCUCUUUAGAGCCUCAAGCUCGUUCUGCAGAGUGUUCCUUCAUAGCUGUGCAAGUAAACUGUGGUUCCCUGGCUUAAUCCACUUACUCAAUGAGAUUAUUUCUGCUAAAACAUCAAUUUACUAUUUAGGAAUAAUAAAAAAAAAACACAAGAAUAAAAAGGAAACCUGCUCUUAACUUUUUCCCCCUGCAAUGGUUCACACUGGAAUGCUACAUGUAGCCUUUUGUGCAAGUCGUCCAUUAACACUGGAAUGCGAAAUGUUGAAUUUACAGUCCAAAUGAAUCAAAACUGUCUGUCUCAGUCAAAGCGUGUUAGAGCUCUGAAUGUUAAAGUGUUAUGUGCUUAUGUGGAUGUUGUAUAUGUGGUGGAUUUGAAUAGCAAACUGCAAAUCGAAUGUAUACGUAUACUGUAUGUAUGUUACAAGUUAGAAGCGUCUUUUGAAUACAUGGUGGCAUGUGGUUCUACGGUAGCCAUGAGUUUCAAAUCACUAAACAGAAUGUCUCCUCUCAGUUUUCAAAUGAUUCAGAUGAUUUUUUCAUUCAUCAACGGGUAACGUGACUUGGCAAGUCUUGGCUUCAACAGAAUAAACACCGUCGUUUCUGUUUGGCA